GUAUAUAAACCCCCAAGGCUGAAGAGAGAGGACAGAGACUAGCGUUUGGAAGACCGACGAGAAUAAAAAGGCGACAUCGAAGCAAUAGAAUCAAGACAGCGAGAAAACCAACACCUGUUUUACAAAACACCUGUAGCGCAAAUCCUGCUUCCAAAAAUGGCCGUAGUGCUGAAACCCUGGACCGUCCUUGUUGCCCUUGUCCUGUGCUUGUUGGUGUGUUUGGGCACCUUCGUUGAUGCCUACCCGCCCAAACCGGAGAACCCCGGAGAGGACGCUUCCCCCGAGGAGCAGGCUAAAUAUUACACUGCGCUCAGACACUACAUCAACCUCAUCACGAGACAGAGGUACGGCAAGAGGUCCUCCCCCGAGGGAGUGAUGUCAGAGCUGCUGUUCGGAGACAACUCAGAGCACAACCAGAGAUCAAGAUACGACGACUCCUACAUGUGGUGAUCCCCGUCCUGCCCCCACAACACCCCCCCAAACCCCCCCACCCCGAUCCAGCAUUCUGUUCCUGGUGACCCCUGUGCUGAAGGAGUCCACAGGUCGCCCCUGGCAACAGCUCCCGCUCAGCCAAAUGACCAUCAACGGACCAAGGCCUGCCACUCGACGCAUGCAACCUCUCUUCUCUCUCUCGUUCUCUCCUUGGCCCCGCCCUCUCUCCUGCCUUCUCUCCAAUCACUCUGCUUCCUCUCACACAAAGAUAAUUGUACAUAAUUUAUUACUGAGUAAUGAUAGAAAACUAAAUUGAAAAAAGAUGAAAUCUUCUGUUUAAAAAACACCAUGUCAAAAUGAGAAUAUUCUUUUUGUUUGUACUGUAUAAAUGCUUGUGUGCAAUUAAAGUCUGAUGGAUGAUUCAGACGGA